AUGAAGCCCAGUAGCCGCCUCGUUUCCGCAUCCGCAAUACUGCUGGCUUGCACAAGCACAGUACUAGCCGACGACACCAUCAGCGGCACAAAGAUCAAAGUGCAGCUUUUCGCCGCGCCCUCGUUCCUGAGCGAAGUUAGUGUCGACGCGUAUAAUAACCAGUGUCUAUCGCUGGAUAAUAAUCUCAAUUACGACUGCAGCGGCGACGAAAACAUGGACCAGUUUCUCGCUAUUUCCGAUGGCGCGAAUAACCUGGGGAGUGUCGGCUGGGGAACAAAGAUACAUGGGUUGAAGUGCAGUAAUAAGGAGCACGAGGACGACUGA